AUGGAAGAUAAAAAUGCAUUUUUAUUUCAUAUAUAUAAUACAGAAAUAAAUGAAAAUGAACGAGAAGAAAGGAAUAAAAUUAAAAAUUAUUCCUUUAUAAAAUUACCUAGUAUAUCAGAACCAUCAAAAAAUGUUCUAUAUCAUUUUAAUGAAGAAACUAAUGAAUUAUAUUUACUUGAAAGAAACUAUUAUAACCCAAAAAUUGAAACAAUACGGCAUGAAAAAGAUAAAAUAAAUAAAAAUAAUAUUUCAAUAUUUAUUAACAAUUAUGCAUUAGAAAAUGCAUAUAGUUAUUAUUGCUAUCCAAUAGAUGCAAUAUUUAUUUUUAUAUCUAUAAUAUAUGAAAAUUGUUCACAUAAUAAAUUUAUUACAUUAGAGAACUACUUAAAUAAUAUCUUAAAUGACAAUGAGAAAACAAAAAAUGAAGUCAUUAAAAAUACAUUAAGUAUUUUUAAAAAAAACGUUAACAGAAUAAAAGAUAGGUUAAAAAUAGUGUGUGACGAAUUACAUGAAAAUGAAAUGUUUUACUAUAAGCCGAAUAUAAAUAAAGUGAAGAAUUUUUAUAAUUUUAAAUGCAUAAUUCUAUUUAACUACAUAAUAGAAAAUCAAAUUAUUUUUCCAGAUUAUGCCCAAUAUAUGGAAAAAGAAAUACUGGAAAAAUAUAAAUCGGAUGAAAAUAGACAUCCAUUCAAUUUAAUAAAAGAAGAAAAAAAACAAAUAGAUAAAUAUAACCAAUAUAAAAAAUAUAUAGAUAACUAUUUAAUAGAAUUUAAUAAACAACAUUAUAAAAUUAAUGGAGAUAACUUACGAGCAUUUAUUUGGUUAGUUAUAAAAGGUUUUAUGUGUUUAUCUCUUGAAGAAAAAAUUAUACCUGAUGAUAUUAACAAAAAAUUAAAUGAAAUUAAAGAAGAUGAAGAAGAAAAAAGAAAAACACAAAAUAUGAUAUUUACAAAAAAUAAAAAGCAUCCUUUGCAAGUUCCUAGGAAUCAACCAAUGAUAGAUUCUUUUUUUAAAAGAAAAAAAAUAAAAUAA